CAUAAGAAAAUUCAAACUCACAUUUUAUUGCUCUGGAACUGGACUUCCCACCACACCCAACUCUGAAAGAAACCUCUCAACCAGAAACGAUCUAAGGCCCUGUUUUGCUUUCCCUAACUCUAUCCACUCUGCUAAGCUUUGCGACAUUGUCGAAGGAGGAAACCUAGUUGUUGCCACCACAACGAUGUCCGAGACAUUCGGUUGUUUUGUACCUGAAAAGCAUCAUUGCUACCAAAAUUGCGUUACAUAGCUGUUGAUAUAUUUUUUCACCUCCGAAGAAAGGAAAGGAAAGAAAGAGCACAGAAAGUCGUUGCAGGAUUACGGCCUGAAAUGGCAAAGCGGUCGGAUUUUGCUCAGAAGCUGUUGGACGAUCUCAGGCUCCGGAAAGAACGCCUGGCCACAUCUCAGAGCUCGAGCCAUUCGCAUUACAAGGCAGGAGAUGAGUACUCUCUUCAUUCUCACGCAUGUCUCCUGGAUUCCGAACGGGAAGCACGAGAAAUUCCAGUUCAUCAGGCUUCUCGACUAGAUUAGGCAACCAAGUCAUCUAGAAGUUGAAUUAUAACAAAUUGACCAAACAAAUCGGGCCUUCUUCGCAGUCUCUCAAGCAUUAUUAGCAAGAUGCAUAUGGCUACUCUAGGCAAACAUACCAAGGAUUGACGCAGAAUAGGACGGGCGCCCCAAGAAGUGCAAAUGCUCACAAUAGGUCUAACGGAGGCCAGAAAUCACUCUACGGCGGAGAAGCUUCAAACCAGAUAGUUGCGUUCCACAGAGGCCAGGGUUCGCAGCAAAUAGGAGAUAUAUCCAUGGCUCUUGCUCUGGCCAUUGAAAAUGGAGGGAAGCACCGGAGGAUGGAUUUGUUGGGCAAUAGUUCAAUGCUCACUUUCUUGCGUCAGAUGGGCCAGGGCUCUUUGGAACUCAACCAGAUGGAAAGAGCAAACAGCAUGGAUCGGCACCAUUCGUCGACCGUCCGAGUCCCGAACCUCUCUCAAUUCCAUAUUAAAGAGAUAUCGAAGGGCGCACAGAAAUUGAAUCAGAUCCUAAGAGCUUGGUCGAAUGGAGCGAACUUGGAUAGGUAUUCAAUAGAAAUCGGAAAAGAGCUGUUGAAAGGGGCCAUGGAUUUGGAGGAGUCGCUGCGGAUGCUAGUGAACUUGGAAGAUGCUUCGGAAUUCACGACCACACCACAGAGGAAGAACCGCUUAGUCCUGCUUGACGAUGAUGAUGACGAUGACGACGAAGGAGAUGUGAUAAAGAGUAGUGAACAGAAGCAGCUUGUCCUGCCACCAAGGUUCUCCUUUGAUGAUCCGGCGAGACGCUCUAAAAGAAAUCAACAUGUUAAGGCCAUUCAGAAGCCAGCAUUGCCCAAUUUGACUUAUCCUGCAGAAGCUACAACUUUUCGCCACAAAGAGCAAACUCAAUCUCUCCUCAAAUCAGCUUCUCACAAGCGGUCAAUCAGCAGUGGCGAUAAUGCCCGAAACCUCACCCCACUCCAGGAACAGGUGAAUCUCUCCAAUUCAUCCCAAACGAAAUCGGAAAAGAGAAAAAUUUCCAAUGUUAUUGCUAAACUUAUGGGGCUAGAAGAAUUUCCGAAAAAUCCUGAUUCGAGAUAUACCCAAGAGAAAGAUAAGAGCUCCAAGCAGACGACCAACAGAAAGCUCCUAAAGAAGUCGACACAAGGGAUCACCGGGAAUGUUGACCCAAAGAGUACAGACACUCCCAAUCUUUCCGUGCCAUCCAUCAGAACGACACAGCCUGGGAAGAGCCUGUUGACUCAGGACAUCACCAAUGUAGUUCUGGGAGCAGAAAAGAGACUUGCCGCUAACAGCAUCAGAUCAGAGUUGGUCAGCUCGACUGAAAACCUUCCCUGGAAGGAAACUCAAAAGUUCAAUAGUGAAACAAAGAAGGAUCGAACAAACACUGACCUGUUCAAUCAAAACAGCGGAGACCAGAAGCGUAAGCAGGAAGCAGAGAGGAGAAGAGAUGUCAAAAUGAUGAGAGUACAAAAAGGCACAGACAUCCGGGAAAACAAGGGACAGGCCUAUUAUGACGAGCUGUAUCAUAUGGCGCCAAGAACACCAAGAAGAAAAGAAUUCGGACCAACCCUGCAAGAAAAGCUCGGGUACAAAGAAAGCAAAAUACAAAUGGAAAAGAGAAAUGCUGAUGUGUUGUCCCCAGUUCAUCCACAAAAGCCUCAAAGAGAUGGUAUUGAGCAAUCUUUUGUGCUGCAGAGACCAGAGCCUCCUGAAGAAAAGCAAAUGCGAGUAGAGAUGAAGAGCCCGGACAUGAGAUCGAAAGGAAGCGAAAUUGUCCACAAGACUUCACCAAAGCCUGUGCAAGAGGAAGUAUUAAGCUUCCAGAGAAAGAAUUCGCAUCUGGACCAAUUGAAACCUCAAAAGUUUGUUCCGGCAGAGCCUAUUUAUGAUGCGCAGGCCAACAAGCUUCCCAACCAAGGUCGACCACAAAACCGUGUCCCGAGAAGGGUGAAAUCUGAACUAGGAAAAGGGAGGAAUAAUACCAUGCCGGUGGUCGAGGAGAAACGCAUUCACGAACCAGCUCCGAGAGCAAGAAAGGUCACAGAACCACCGAAAAACAAGAUGCCUCAGAAGCUGAAUGUAGUGAAGAAAAAAAGUGGAGCCCUACAUAACUUGGUGAAGCCACUCCCGCAAGCUUCCUCUAGAGAAGAGGCGAAGCAGAUGAGGCAUGCAAGACCGGACGGUUCGGCAGAAACCGAACAAGUGAAAACCAAUAAAUCUGCUCGUGGAGAGCACAAUGUCAAAUCUUCAACAGCCGAAGCAAGCCUCCAGUGGCCGACUAAUGCACAUGAACUCCAGAAAGAAGCUGAACAGCUAGCUCCUGCCUAUACUCGCAACGUGGACGAAACCCCAGAGCUCGAGGAAGCACGAAACUUCCCGUACGACCUGAAUCAAAAUGUACCCUCUAUAAUCCUAAACGAUCCACACGUCAGCUCAGGAGCGUUCGGCAGAGAUGAAGAACUGAUGUCUGCAACGAUUAUCUCAGAACCGGCAGAUGGAACCACAGGAGCGACAACUUACACACAUGAUCUCGAUGAAUCGGAUGACUGGGACGUUUCGAAGUCGGGAAUUCUAGAAAAAAUGACGGAAUGCGAAAAGCGCCUCAAGCACAUCCUGAUGAAGAGUCAACUGUUCCUAAACACAGCCGAGGCACUUUUCAAGCUCGACAGCCCUACGGCCUUCCUACAUGUUGGUGACGAGAACUCGCACGUAGGAGACGACGACAAGCUCAUAUUGGACUGUGGCUACGAGAUAAUGAAAAGGAAGGGGAGGAAGCAAGAGCUUGCCGUCCACCCCUUCAUGAAGAUCUCCAUCUCCUUCGUGAGGGUGGAGACCUUCGACGAUCUCGUCCAGCAGCUGAACCAAAACUUCAACCAGCUGAAACUGCACGGAAGGAACGGGAAUCCCGAAUGCGAACCUGAGUACUACCUCCCUAGCAUGCUCGAGCUCGAUGUCAACGUCAGCGAUCCCGACACGAACUGCAUGUGGGACUUCGGAUGGAACAACGCCGUGUUCGCCUUCCUGGAAAAGGACGACGUGGUGAGAGACGUGGAGAAGCAGGUGAUCAGCGGACUCAUUGACGAGAUGACGAGAGAUCUUUUGAACGCCUGAGCCAUUUUCGCCCACAGCGGACCACUCGAGAAGGCGAUGCUUGAGGUCGCCAUUUCCCAUCUUUCCGCAAUCGGUUUCACUACAGAACCUGCCAGAGAAUGUCAGCUUCGAGAUUGCUGAAAAUGUUGCGCAUUGGACUUGGUUUUUGUUUCUCCUCUUUUCGACUUGACAUCUUUGAUGGGCAGUCCCGAGCGCUGGCCUUUGUUUUUGCCGAUUACCACUUGAAUUUUAGUGUUAGUCGUCGUCAUCGAAAUUGGUCAUGUAUCGAAUCUUUUUCGUUAUCUUUUUGUGAUUCAAAUGGUUUGUAAAGUUUUCUGAUGCGUGAAGAAUCGUACAUAGCUUGCAGAUGAUUGGCAUGUA